GGUCCAGAUCCAUUCCUCUGCGUCGGCAAAGCAAACACUUUAUCCCCAGUGGGCAACUACAAUACCUAAACAUAAUCUCACCCGCACCUAAUCAAAAUUCCACUCCUCUUUGACGAUUCCAUUAGUGAGAAAUCUAAAAUUGAGAAAAAAAAGAAAGAACAGAACAGUUUCAUAACACGAAACCGAGCAGAGUUUUAAGGAGAGAGAAUUAGUUUUGAAAAAGAUUCCUAAAUAGAGAUGAAGAUCACGGCGUUAUUGGUAUUGAAGGUCAACCCGGAAGGAUCGGAUCCGGUUAUUUUAGCUAACGCUUGCGAUGUGAGUCAUUUCGGGUAUUUCCAGCGGUCUAGUGUUAGGGAAUUCAUCGUUUUCGUCGGUCGAACCGUCGCUAAACGCACCCCACCGGGCCAACGCCAAUCCGUCCAGCACGAAGAGUACAAAGUGCAUGCUUAUAACCGAAAUGGACUUUGUGCGUUGGGGUUUAUGGACGAUCAUUAUCCGGUUCGCAGCUCAUUUUCCCUUCUCGAUAAGGUGAUUGAAGAGUAUCAAAAGAAUUUCGGUGAAUCUUGGAGGACUGCACAAGCAGAUAGUAGUCAACCUUGGCCAUAUUUGAAUGAAGCUUUGACCAAGUUCCAAGAUCCUGCAGAGGCAGACAAAUUGUUGAAAAUCCAGAGGGAGUUGGACGAGACAAAAAUUAUCCUUCAUAAGACCAUUGACAGUGUGCUUGCACGAGGUGAGAAACUUGACAGUUUAGUCGAGAAGAGUUCUGAUCUGAGUGCUGCAUCACAGAUGUUCUACAAGCAGGCGAAGAAAACCAAUCAAUGUUGUACCAUACUGUAGCUGCAAUGGCCACUCAUUUGUCAUACUGUUGAAGCUGGUGGAUGGUAAAUUGUGAUUGUAAUGUGUCCAUAUCAUUUAUCAAAUUUGUGUGGCUGAGUGGAAUUUCUCCUUCUGGAUAUUUGUGUUGGAUCGAAAAGAAAGGAAACCAGAUAUUGAUCAUCAAGUUUCUUAUCAUAGCUUUA